AAUUGACAAUCAAUCAACUGAAAUGACAAGUCAAAACCAAAUUGCUAAAUUUACAGAAAACGAUGCUAUGAUGGAAUUAUAAUCUAAAGUAAGUGUAAACACUUAAUUAGUUUAUGGAUAGAUUCAAUAAAGGCAAUAUAAAAAUGGAAUUAUCUGCUAGAAAAUAUGGAGAUGGUUCAGUUGAAAAAUCAAUAAAGCUUACUCCUAUGACAAUAGGAGAUUAUAUUGGAAUAUGGGCAAUUGCUUUAUUAAAAAGCUUUUUGCUUGUAUCUUUUUUUGUGAUAGCUUGUGAAUUAUAUAAGGAUGUUUAAGCGCAAAUCGAAGUUACAAGAACUGAAACCUUAAUUGAAAUGAAAAUAUGUAGAGCAGAAUUUGAACAAAAUUAAUGCUCAGAAAAUUAUUUAAUAGAAUCAAUGGCUCAAAGAUGUUAAGAAUUAGAAAUUUGUAUAAACUAAGACAUAGAAAUGAAAAUUCGAACACAACAAGUAUGGUUACAAGUAUUAGGAAAUUCAAUUGAAAAAAUGUUCAAGGCGCUUUCUAUUAAAACUUGUAUCAUACUCUUCUUCCUAAGUGCCGCAACCAGUAUUAUUUUCAUCAAAAAUUGAAUUGAGUUAUUUAUGGCUUAAUUAUUAUCCC